CUGCUUUCCUUAUAAGGAGAACAAGGAAGUAAAUCAUGUUGAAGUUGCUUUUAAGCACAGCUUUUCUCCUUUACCUGUCCAGGUAGCCUCUGUUUUCAUUUGUCUUAAAUGAAAACUUUUUUAUUUACAUCUCAAGUUUCUUUUCAAAGCAGUCGAGAACUGAAACGAAUGGGGAUUGAACUGCUUUGCCUGUUCUUUCUAUUUCUAGGAAGGAACGAUCACGUACAAGGUGGCUGUGCCAUGGGAGGUGCAGAGACCUGCGGAGACUGUCUGCUCAUUGGACCUCAGUGUGCCUGGUGCUCUCAGGAGAAUUUUACCCAGCAACCUGGAGUCAGUGAAAGAUGUGAUACCCGAGCAAAUCUUCUAGCUAAAGGAUGUCAAGUAAACUUCAUCGAAAACCCUGUCUCCCAAGUAGAAAUACUUACAAAUAAGCCUCUCAGUGUAGGCAGACAGAAAAAUAGUUCUGACAUUGUUCAGAUUGCACCUCAAAGCUUGAUUCUUAAAUUGAGACCAGGUGGUGAGCAGACACUACAAGUGCAAGUCCGCCAGACCGAGGAUUACCCAGUGGACUUGUAUUACCUCAUGGACCUCUCGGCCUCCAUGGAUGAUGACCUCAACACAAUCAAAGAGCUGGGUUCCCUGCUCUCCAAGGAGAUGUCUAAAUUAACUAGCAACUUUAGACUGGGCUUUGGCUCCUUUGUGGAAAAACCCGUCUCCCCUUUUAUGAAAACAACGCCAGAAGAAAUCGCCAACCCUUGCAGUAGUAUUCCAUACUUCUGCUUACCUACUUUUGGAUUCAAGCACGUUUUGCCAUUGACAAGUGAUGCUGAAGAAUUCAAUGAAAUUGUGAAGGAUCAGAAAAUUUCUGCUAAUAUUGACACACCUGAGGGUGGAUUUGAUGCAAUUAUGCAAGCUGCUGUGUGUAAGGAAAAAAUUGGCUGGCGGAAUGACUCCCUCCAUCUCCUGGUCUUUGUGAGCGACGCUGAUUCUCAUUUUGGAAUGGACAGCAAAUUGGCAGGCAUUGUCAUUCCUAACGAUGGGCUCUGUCACCUGGACAGCAAGAAUGAAUACUCCAUGUCAACUGUCUUGGAAUAUCCAACAAUUGGACAACUCAUUGACAAACUGGUGCAAAAUAACGUGUUACUGAUCUUUGCCGUAACCCAAGAACAAGUACAUUUAUAUGAGAAUUAUGCAAAACUCAUUCCAGGAGCUACUGUAGGGCUACUUCAGAAAGACUCUGGGAACAUUCUCCAGCUGAUCAUCUCCGCCUAUGAAGAACUCCGGUCUGAAGUGGAACUGGAAGUAUUAGGAGACACAGAAGGACUCAACCUGUCGUUCACAGCUAUCUGUAACAACAGGUCCAUCUUCCCACAGCAGAAGAAAUGCUCCCACAUGAAGGUGGGAGACACGGCUUCAUUCAACGUAUCUGUGAGUAUACCAAACUGCGACAGAAAAAACAGGCACAUUAUCAUAAAGCCCGUGGGGCUGGGGGACACCCUAGAAAUACUCGUCACUCCAGAAUGCACCUGUGACUGCCAGAAAGAAGUGGAAGUGAACAGCUCCAAGUGCCACAAUGGGAACGGCUCCUUCCAGUGUGGUGUGUGCGCCUGCAACCCUGGCCACAUGGGUCCUCACUGCGAGUGCGGAGAGGACGAGACAAGCACAGAUUCCUGCAAGGAGGCCCCGGAUCAGCCCUCGUGCAGCGGAAGAGGCGAUUGCUACUGUGGGCAGUGCAUCUGCCACUUGUCUCCCUAUGGCAACAUUUAUGGGCCUUACUGCCAGUGUGACAAUUUCUCCUGCGUGAGACACAAAGGGCUGCUGUGUGGAGAUAACGGCGACUGUGACUGUGGCGAGUGUGUGUGCAGGAGCGGCUGGACCGGCGAGUACUGUAACUGCACGACCAGCACGGACCCGUGCGUCUCUGAGGACGGGGUGCUCUGCAGCGGGCGAGGCGACUGCGUCUGUGGCAAGUGUGUUUGCACGCACCCCGGAGCCUCAGGACCGGCCUGUGAACGCUGUCCCACCUGCGGCGAUCCCUGCAACUCUAAACGGAGCUGCAUUGAAUGCCACCUGUCUGCAGAUGACCAGGCCCGAGAAGAAUGUGUUGACAAAUGCAAACUAGCUGGUGUGACCAUCAAUGAAGAAGAAGAUUACUCAAAGGAUAGUUCUGUUUCCUGUUCUCUACAAGGAGAAAAUGAAUGUCUUAUUACAUUUCUAAUAACUACAGACAGUGAAGGGAAAACCAUCAUUCACAGCAUCAACGAGAAAGACUGUCCAAAACCACCAAACAUUCCCAUGAUCAUGUUGGGGGUUUCACUGGCUAUUCUUCUCAUUGGGGUUGUCUUACUGUGCAUUUGGAAGCUGCUUGUGUCAUUUCAUGAUCGCAAAGAAGUUGCCAAGUUUGAAGCAGAAAGGUCAAAGGCUAAGUGGCAAACGGGAACCAAUCCACUGUACAGAGGCUCCACCAGCACCUUUAAAAAUGUGACCUACAAACACAGGGACAAACAGAAGGUGGACCUUUCCACGGACGGAUAGAACCACUUCACGCACAAAAAAAUGUCUGUUUCACUGAUAUGAAAUGUUAACGCACUGCUUAGUGUUCCUUUCUUUGUUGCUUCAAAAUGAGCUUGGUUUAAGGUAAUGAUAGGUCAUUUGGAGAUCAGUCUUUCUCUGUGUGAAGAUUAGAGACUGUGUUGGCAGGUUCAAAAUAAUCGAGAAGAGAAAUGCCUUAGCAAAGGGGGGACUUUGGGGAUCAUUUGAGGAAUGCUCACUCUGUUGCAUUAAUGCCUCCGAAAAUCAUCAGAAUGAUUCAUGGGAGCUUGAUCUGCAUUUGAAAAAUGUUUGAAAUUAGAAUCUCAUUUGUAUCUAGAAUAUAGCUACCUGAGGUGAGGUCUUUGUCUCAGCCAAGUCACAAGGCCCAUAUGUUCCCCUUACAUAUGCACAUUCUCCAACUUAUUCCAAACUUUUAGUAAAUGUGCCUUUCCUAAAGAAGAAUUUAUUUUUAUUUUUAUUUUUAUUUUUUUUGUCUAAGAGAUUCUGGUUUUACUUCAGCUGAAAAAAUGCAAUUUUCUAAAAAAAAAUCCCAAAUGUAAGAAUGAAAAUUAAGUGUUAAUUACUGUGAAUUUGUCUGAAUCUAAAAGUCAGAUACAUAAAUGAGUGUUUUAUUUGUUUUACAGAUGAAGAAGUAAUUUAUAAUUUUAGGAAGUCGCCAG